AUGCCUUGCUGCGAGUUGAUAACAAAUAUAAGUAUAGCCGAUGAUAAUGCGCAAAAUGUAUUAUCUCAAAUAGAAAGGGUGAUAUCGGAUGUAUUGGGAAAACCUGUGUCUUAUAUUAUGAGCAAUUAUGACUAUCAGAAAAACUUAAGAUUUGCUGGCACGAAUGAAGAAUAUUGUUUUGUUAGGUUAACAAGCAUUGGAGGAAUUAAUAGGUCAAAUAAUUCAACUUUAGCUGAUAAAAUUACAAAAAUUCUUAUGAACACGUUAAAUGUAAAAUCGAGGAGAGUGUACAUUGAAUUCAGGGAUUGUUCAGCUCAAAAUUUCGCAUACAGUGGAUCUCUAUUUGGCUGA